AUGGUGCAGAUUGGAAAUUGCUCUAUCCCUACUGAUUUCCAGAUUGUGGAAAUGAGAGAGAGUAGCCAUAGACCUCUCAUAUUUGGAACCCCUUUCCUGUCUACUGUGGGUGCCAUAUUUGAUUUCCCCAAUCAAAGAAUCUCUUUCAACAAGGUGAACAAGGGUAUGUUCUUCCCUAUGUGUUCAACAAAGAACUCUUUUGUUGACAUGGUCCAAGAGGAGAAAGUUACUUUGAAGCCACCCCAAGAAGGAGAAACUGAAGAACAAUCAAGGAAGAUCCCAUUCCUAAGCCCAAGCAGCUUGCCAAACAAGCAAGGAGUAAGACUAAGGCCCCUACACCAAAACCGCCCAAGGGAUCAACCAAGAUUGAAGAUGAGGCCAAGCCAAGAAGGAAGGUAG